AUGGCGGCUUCUUCCUCGUCAUCGCAAUCAAGGUAUCAGGCUUUCAGCCCUCUGCUCUCUAUUGAGCCAUCGUCUGACGUUUUGUUGGACUCGGAUAUUCAGUCUUCUCCUUUCACCGAAUCCCGCGAGAGCUACGACAUAAAUACUCGAAGACCUCCGGCGACGCUAAGACGCGUGGGACCUCAACGCAGAAAGAACUGGAUUUUGUACGAGUUAUACCUGGAGAGAGAAUUUUUAGGAUGGUGGGAGAAAACCGAAUAUGGCCACAAGCUAAACGGGGACGGUCAGUCCCAAAUCAAGUGGUCUACCGAGUCGCGUCAUGCCGACGCUUGGAAACACUUUGACCAGGUAGCCGAUAUCGAUUCUGGGCGCCCACGAGUCCUUUGUAAAGCCUGUCUUACUUUGCUUGAUCAUCCACAGUACAAAGGCAAUGGGACAAGUGCUAUGAGUAGACACCAAAAGUCAAAUUCCUGCCGUAAGGGAAAGAAAAGAGGAUCUCAUCAAACACUAAUCCCCGAUUCGUUGCAAAACCAUUCCAUGAGGGAGUCGGCCAAUGUGCACAAGGUAACAACAUUCCAACUUGAGGAGCAGUUGUUAAAGACUAUUACCUGUCUUCGGUUGCCAUUCCAAACAGUGGAGAACCCUGUGUUCCAGAGGCUGCUUAACCUCGUAAAUUCGGGAACUGGAGUACUGGAACUUCCGUCAGCAAAAACCCUGCGAAGGCGACUCCGGAAUGCAGUUACAGUUCAACAGGAGUCGCAAUUGCAAGAUCUGCCUGAAGACGCUAAGGUGUCACUCGCGUUGGAUUGUUGGACCAGUCCAUUCCAGCAAGCAUUUAUGGCAAUCACAAUCUAUUUCAUUGACAAAGAUUGGAAUUACCGAGAAAUGCUCCUUGGCUUUGAACCAUUGCACGGUCCCCACACAGGGAACAACCUCAGUGAUGUUCUCCAUCAGUUACUGAAGGAACGUGGACUCUUGGAUCGCAUCUUUAGCGUCACGACAGAUAAUGCGUCCAACAAUGAGACGUUGAUCCGCGCUUUGCAAGAAAAACUGAUCUCUACUGGCGCGAUUGGCUCCAGGGAAUCCAUUAUCCGGGUUCCUUGUAUGACCCAUGUGAUCCAGCUUUGCCUAAAGCAGCUUUUGGGGCAUAUUAGAGCAGCGCCCAAGAACAAAGAAGUAAAGACCUUUUGGUCUGAUACUCAAGUCAUCGGUUUAAGAGACUCAGCAAGCCACGGAGAUGUGGCUCAUACCCUGGCAAAGAUUCGGUCAUUUGCGGUAUUUGUCAAUGCAAGCCCACAACGGCGAGAUACAUUUUUAUGUCUUCAAUCAGGCGGAACCCGGCUGUUUCCGUUGCACGAUGUUCAAACACGCUGGAACUCCACUUUUUUGAUGCUUCGCCGUGCGCGUCGACUAAGAAAUAUCAUCGACAAAUACUGCGACGAUCAUGAAUACUCUCAGUUCAAGAUUACUGACAUUGAAUGGCGGCAAAUUGACUAUCUAGUCCACUUGACCAAACCGUUCUUUCAAUUCACCAUGGCUCUAAUGAAGACCAAAGACGUGACAAUUCAUAGCGUGUUCCUUGUGUAUAGGAAACUUCUGGAGCAUAUCGAACGGUCAAAUCGAAAGUUGAAGAAAAAGACAACGCCUUGGAAGAAGGACAUGUAUAGCGCGCUGCUCGUUGCGAGGCAGAAACUGAGAGAGUACUAUGAGAAGACCUACCGUGACCACGGCUUUCUCUAUGGCACGGGAGCUCUACUUGCUCCUCAAUAUAAACUAUCUGCCUUUGAUGACAGGGAGUAUUCUAUUUGCCACGAGGAUACUUCGAAAAGGUACUGUGAAUACUUGAGAGCGUGUUUCACGCAGUAUCAACAACAAAAUCCUGAGCUAUUGUUUCGUACAGUGCAUCGUUCGUCGGCACUGCAUAGUUCAGAACUUGAUCGGCUACUUGAACCAGUUAAUGACUAUAUGCUCCUCGAAGGGGUAGAGCAUGACGAGGUGGAUCGGUACCUCCGAGAAGCAAAUGUUCCCGUGCCACCACGGCUCUAUUGGAGAGAACAUGAGCGUGAGUUCCCUGUGCUUUCUCGGCUGGCACGCGACUUGCUUUCGGUUCCGGCCACCGGCGCGGGGGUGGAAAGGCUUUUCAACAGUGCGCGAGACAUCUGUCAUUAUCGUCGAGGGUCUCUUCAUGAAGUGGCUAUUCAAGACUUGAUGAUGUAUAUGUGCUCAGAGAAAUUUACACUGGAGGGAGAGCAGUUAGCUCGCCUGGAAAAGUCGACGGAGAUUGAGGGUCAAGAGACAAUUGAAGAGGAUGAAGCAUUGAAAGGAAAUGAAGAGGAUGCUGAGCCGAUCAGUGACAAGGAAGAGGUCGAAGAAAGUGAAGACAUCGAAGGCAAUUUGGAAAUCGAGGCCUCAUACCCAGUUGAAAGUAUACUGGUAGAGGCUGACCGGCCUUCAACGUACAACCAGACGAACCAUGAGGAUGGAGACAAGUCAGAAGAGAUCCUCUGGUAG